GAACCGAUGGGGAAAGAAAGAGGGAGAAAAGCGCACGAAAAGAAAGCAGAGAGAAAUGAAACUGCCCUGCUGCUGAGGCCGGCCUCCUGGCGAUGAGCCCCCGCCGCCGUCCCCCCCUGCUCCUCCUCGCCGCCGUCGCCCUCGCCUGCGCCUGCGCCGCCGCCCGCCCCUGCGCGGCCCUCGUCCGCCUCGGCGCCGCCUCCUUCGUCGACGCCCCCGCGCGCUUCGGGCCCCGGGUGACCGGCGACGGGAUAUGCGGGUCGCUGCGCGCCGCGGACCCCGCCGACGCGUGCGCGCCCGUCAGGGCCGCCCCCGGCGGGAGCGGCGGGAUGGCGUUCGUGCUGAUCGCGCGCGGGAACUGCAGCUUCGAGGGCAAGGUGCGGGCGGCGCAGCGGGCCGGCUUCGACGCCGCGCUCGUCCACGACGACGAGGACAAGGCCAGCCUCUACUCCAUGGUUGGUGAUCCUGAGGGCAUACACAUACCUGCGGUAUUCGUAUCUAAAAUGGCUGGGGAAACUUUAAAGAAGUUUGCUAGAGGUGAAGAUGGUGAGUGCUGCAUAAACUCGUCGAUGGAUGAGACUGCAGGGACAGUGUUGGUGAUGUCCUUCGUAUCACUUGUUGUCAUCAUAUCAGUUGUAGCUUCAUUUCUUUUCGCCCGGAACUGCCGACUUUUACGCCAUGGAGUUGAUAAUCGCCCACCUUACAUCAAAAAACAUGUGGUGGAAAAGCUUCCUUCUGUGGUAUAUAAAGCUCCCUGCUCAAGUGGCAACAAUUGUGAAGAAGCCUGUGCCAUUUGUUUAGAAGACUAUGAUAAUGGUGACAUGCUUAGACUUCUCCCAUGCAAACAUGAAUUUCAUGUGGAGUGCAUUGAUCCCUGGCUGACAAAGUGGGGCACAUUUUGCCCAGUAUGCAAACUGGAGGUACUCACAGGUGAAUAAGCAGGCAAGCUAGGAGUAAAUCUCAGGUGAAUAAGCAAGCCUCCGUUACUGCAUAUAUACAAGUAGUGCUCGGCGGCGGUUAUAUCCAAGUGUGCUGAACUGGUGGAUCUGUUGGCUGGGUUUGCAAGAUAGAUCAAUGCCGAACAUUUUAUCAUGAGGAUGGAGUAUGGGCCGCGGUUUGUGAGACUGGGCCCGUCUUAAUACCCGGUAGAAGAUUGCCUUAUGUCGUUAACAUUGAGAUGAAUCGUUUAAUUGGGGUGUAGUAUGUGGAAGCCAUCUUGUAAUUAUAUGUUAGAAGUUCAAUUGUUUCUUUCCCAUGCAUUUCGUGAUUCUCCUGAGUGGGGUGUGGGGCAGUAUCUUUCGCCUCAGACCCAUUUGCCCGUGGUAAAUGUAGAUGUGUGGUGUACUGUUGUUACUGCAGCAUCUGUGAGAACCUUGUUUUUUUUUUGGGCGAGAACUUUGCGGAUCUUGGAACGUGUUGUUACAAGUCUGGAA